AGAGGGAGAGAGAGAGACCACCAACAUCAACACCAUCACCACCGUGCAGGAAAAGAAAAGCGGCUGCCCCCUCAGAGACCAUCCCCGACGCCCACACUUCCGGACUGGAGCCUCUGGAGGCAGCUGUGUCGGGAUGCAUCCGUCUCCCGGUGCUGCUUGAGAUGAGGAUAAGACGACGACGUCUUCCCCGGUGAAACGGCGAUGCUCUCUACGUUACAUUAGACCCUGCCCGUUACAACCUGAGCAGAACCGAUCAAGAUCGCCGCGGCUGUGCGCUCUACACUCAAGAGGGGAUCCAGGCUUUGGCCAUACUGUCUGUCUGCUGUCAACUGUUGCUUAUUUCCACUGUAAAUGAAUCUUGUAAGGUUUAUGAACAACCGUGUUCCUCCUAACAAGAGAUACCAGCCCACAGAAUAUGAGCAUGCUGCCAACUGUGCCACGCAUGCGUUAUGGAUAAUCCCCAGCCUGCUGGGCAGCUCAGUGUUGCACUUCCAGUCGGAGGAUCAAUGGGAGCGACUGUCGGCCUGGGUGUACGGGGCGGGUCUCAGCUCGCUCUUCAUCAUCUCAACCCUAUUCCACACUGUGGCCUGGAAGAAGAGCCACUUACGGUCUGUGGAGCACUGUUUCCACAUGUGUGACAGGAUGGUGAUCUAUUUCUUCAUUGCUGCCUCCUACGCCCCGUGGCUGAACCUGCGGGAGCUCGGUCCCUGGGCGUGUCACAUGCGCUGGUUGGUGUGGGUCAUGGCCUCUUUUGGAACCACCUACGUGUUCUUCUUCCAUGAGAGGUAUAAGAUCAUGGAGUUGAUCUGCUACACGGUGAUGGGAGUUUUUCCUGCCUUGGUGAUCCUCUCAAUGCCGGAGCAGUCGGGAUUGUGUGAGCUGCUUGUGGGUGGAGCCUGCUACUGUCUGGGGAUGGUCUUCUUCAAAAGUGAUGGCAUUGUACCAUUCGCGCAUGCCAUUUGGCACCUGUUUGUAGCUAUGGGAGCAGCCAUACACUACUACGCCAUCUGGAAGUACCUCUAUGCCCAGCCACCCAAUCAGGUCCAGACCUCCAGAUGACAUCAGCACUGACCUCACAAGAAGUAGCUCCUGUGUUUGAGCAACUUCAAGGGGGUGAUGUGAGCUCUGUCCCAAUUCAGGGGCUGUCUCCUUUGUAGGCUGAACCUCUUCCCCAAAUAAGAUGGUGUAGCUUCACAGAAACAGAAACCAGUGGUGCAUUCAGGAGAUCCUCCUUAACCCAUAAAGUCAAACAAAUCCAUGUUCAUCACUGGGAAGUUGGACUCAAUCAGCCGGCAAAGUUAUAACAAGACUAAGAGUUCACAGUCAUGCUAGCAGAUCGAUGAGGCAGUACCAUCAACAUAUAAAAGAUGGACGUUGAGUCUCCACUUCCUGCCUUUGUACAAAAAUGAAGCCAAAAUAUUCCAAUUCACCCGUGUUGUGAUUCAGUGCCUGAGUCUUUAUAGCUUCAAAUAAUGAAUUAGAACCAAACUUAUCAGGAAAAAUUAACAUAUGAACAUACAUCAGUGUUAUAAGAACUACCUAAAAUGACAGAAACCAUCUUUGGAAAAACAUUUAUUUGACGUGUACUCCCAUCUGCUAACAUGAGGGGUCUAUGACCUACACUGCAACCAGCCACCAAGGGCAAGCGGGAUGUUUUGGCUUCACUUUUGGGGAGCAAUCAUGUCGUCCAUCUUUUAUAUGUGA